CCAGUGACAAGUACUGUUUGUCAAGUUGACGUUUAAGUUUGACAGUAUACCUCAGAGUGACAAAAAAUUGUGUAUUGUUAAUAUUUAAUAUUUUCUUCAAAAAUGUCAUUUCAAGACAAAAUUUCAGCCCUAAUGGCUCGACCCGGUCAAGAUCCAGUAGCAAAAGACGAUGUACCAUGGUGGAUGAAAUUUGCUGGAAGAGGAGUUGGCACCUUCGCAGGAUUUGUUGCUAUGUUUUUGGGGAUAUGGGUAUGUGUGACAUUAACUGUAGCAAACCUAGUUGCUGGUCUAUGGCAAAUUUUCGCUGGAUUCUUAUUGGUUUGCUGUGAAGCACCGUGCUGUUGUAUGUUUGUGGAACAUGUACAAAAAUUAGCAGAUUUUAUUGAAAAUAGACCAUAUUGGAACAGGGCCGCUGCAUAUGGAUUAUUGGCUUUGCCUCCUUUAAUUUUGAAUUUUGGAAUUUCUACUGGUUUUGGUUGUGGAUUAAUUUUGUUAACUGCAGUGAUAUAUGGUAUGAUGGCAUUGGGGAAAAAAGGCUCUAGGGAAGAUAUGGCAGCUGUUGCCUCGCCCCAUAUGGUAACUUCUCCAACUGGCAUGGGACAUACAGAUCACCACACUACUCUUAUGGAGGAUCCAGAUGUUUGGCGUCCAACAUAAGCUACUAACAGAUUUGUGGCAUCAGCUGAUGAGAUGCGACAAGCAGCGCGAGCCGAAAAUGCAGUACCACCUACCAAUACGCGCUCGAAUCUUGUCGCACAUGCGCAGCCAAUCAGUUUUACGGGCACGCCGGUUUUUGACAGUAACGUGUAGACGUGUCUACGAACCGACGUCCUUUCAAUUUUCUAUUUCCUCAUCUAGUAAUUCCCCUUCCCUUCCUAUAAGUAAGAGUUGAAUAUUGACAUGUGGAAAUCUGAGUACUACGAUAUAAACAUAUUGAAUUUGGGAAUUUGAUAACUUUAUAUAAAUUUAUUUGCUACAUUAUUAAACUGAAAACUUUGGAAAAUGCAGAAAAUUCCUAAAUUAUGACAUUAUUUUUUUGACCAACACUUCAAUUCUUCUUUGGUUUAGGGUUUUGGUGUCUGGGCCUUUAAUAUUUUUAUUAUGUCGAACUUUUAUGUCGUGCAGAUUAAAAAUUCUUAGAACAGUAGUUUAUUUUAAAGUACAGAUCUUGUUACAAAAUUUUUGGAGUUGCGAUGAUGAACACAAAUUGCCCUUGUAGGUAUAAUCAUAAUAGUAUUUAAAUUUCUACAUAUCAGAUUAUAAAUUUUCAAUUUGUAGAUACAUGUGUAUUAAUAAAUAGCUGUAUAAUAUUACUGUAAUUUUUUUUGAAAAUUCAUAUACUACAGUUAAAGGUCACUAAAAAGGAAUGGUUUAUACAGCAACUUAAGGCUCAAACGAAUUUUAUCAUGUGCUCAUAUUUUAAAUGGGUUAAAAUGUCGAUUUUAUCUGUUGCUGUAUAAAUUGUAACAAUCUGGUUUUUUAAAUAGCAUUAAUCAGAAAAUUAUGUGCUAAAAAAUUUAUUGUUAAAUAAUUAUUUAGGAUGAUUCAUUAAAUUCCAGCCAUUCGUUUUAUAUUGUGUCUUAAUUUUAAGUAUGUUAUUAUUAAACAUAAAGCCAAAUCAAAAACUGUUUGAGAAAUAAUUUUAUUGAAGAUAUUAUUGAAUUAUCUUCAUUAACGUUAUAGUUUAACAGCUUCAAUUGGAUUUUAUUGUUUAUUAUAGCAAAGUUUAUACAUAUUGUGAUAUAAUUUAUUAUUACUAGGUGAUAUAUUUUAUCUUGCAUCAUUUCUCAUAAAAUACAAAGUUACCUCGAUUUGAAUCCAAAUUACAGUUCAAAAGUGUGAUAUAGAAUUUGUGUGAUAAUGUGAAUAAUGAUUUCCAAGAAACUAAGGCUAACCUUCAAUUAGAGUGAUAUUGAACUUUCUCAACUUACCAACUGACUCUAUACAUUCAUUUUUAUAUGCAUUUUCCUCAGUUAGUUUAUUUUAGUAUUUGUAAUGUCAUUUUCUGUAAAUACGUAGUUUAUUAUUUUUUGCUAAGUAAGAAAAUUGAUGGGAAUAAUUUUAAUCUUAGCAAGUAAUGUUAUCCCUUUUAAAGCAUUUCCCUUAGACAGCUAACUCGACAGUCUUUUUAAAAAUGAGAUUUUCUUAAGAUUAAAUAUCAGGAAAAGGAAAAAUUCACUAAGACUCAUCAGGAUCCUUGGUUAACAAGAUAAACUGUUUCAAAAACAAAAACGUUGCUCGAUAUUCUAAUGCACCAUUUUGAAAACACAUUAUAGAACUGUCAAAGAUAACGUGUUAGCUCUAAGGUAUAACCAAACCAAUCUAAGACAUUCAAUGAUGCCAAAUUGUCUAUAAUAUUGCUAGUAGUCUUAUUAAUUUUGCCACAUACCUCGUACCUGAUCAAGUAAGAGCUUGAUACAAUGACAAUUUUUGUGAACAAAAUACUAUUAUUUCCAUGUGCUUAGUACAGAUUUUUCAAUUUGUACAAAGAAUCUCAUUGGUUUUCAUAGAUCAACAUGCUCUUUUGUUGAUCUUAUUCUUCCUUAAUAGUCCGGAGCCAGGUGAUAAUUUGGUUAAUUAUUUGUUUUCGAAAGUUAAUUGGUGGUAUGCAUCAGAGAGUUAUGUAAUAAAGCCUAAAUUCAGUAAUUUCCUCCCACCUGAAAAUGUGUAAGCUGAUUGUUAAUAUACUGCUGUGAUAUAUGAAAAAAAUCAGCUAGCAGUGAUUCGAGGAAAACCUGGUCAGCUGAUGCAAUAGAUGCUUCAGCUUAACUCCUAGGUAAUAACAUCCAAAAUAUCAGCUGACGUUUUUCCACUGAGAUAUAGCCAGCUGACUUAUAUAUUUAUUCACAUGUACAUAUAAGGUAGCAUCAAUAAAAUCUUUAAUUGAUAGGAAAUCACUGAAAAUAUAAAUUUUUUUUCAUGUUCGAGGCGCCAAUUGACGUAUAAUACACUAUAGUAUAGUCAGCUGAUUAUUUUGUUUUCUCGAGAUAUUCGAAUAGUUACAGUUUUAGUAUGAACUAGAGACAUAAGAAAGGUGUGCUCAAUGUACUUGAAAGUGUUUAUUGUAACAAAAUAUUGAUUUGUAAAAUUUUGGAUUCACAGCUAUGGAACUAAUCUGGUUCUAGCAUUUCCUAAAACAAGUUUUACUUUUCCUGUUAUUAUUAUAGUUUUUUUUGUACCAAAAUAACACAAGAAAUUUUCAAUUAUACAAUAUUUCAAAUGAAUUUCUUUGCUGUAUUAACUCUAUUAUGUAAGAUAAAAUAGUUAAUUUUAUUUUAUUUUUCUUCUGCAUCCUGUCUCAGAUUUUUAAAAUUUUCUUAGUAAUGCACUUUGUCACAUUCUAUUGUUUUAUACAACCAUAUUCUAAAUGGUAUCUACCUUAUGUACUUAUUAAACUCCUUUAUUAAACUUUUUUAACUCGAUUUUGAAAAAAAAUGUCAUUGAGACUUUUAUCAUUGUUUUAAUCUAUCAUUGUUUUUUAUAUCCUUGUAGUUGGAAAAUGUUAUAACAAAGAGAAGUAGCAGUAGGCCAAUUAAAGAGAUUGCAAGAAAGUUGAAAACAUCGAGAGGAGAAACUUGGAUAAUUAGCUAAUCAUGAACCCGAUAGUACGUUAGUACUGUAUAUAUUUACAGAAAAAGUUCAAAUCGAGGUAUCCUAUUGUUUUUCUAUGAGACAUUACAUAUACUCAACUAUUGGAUCCAUUAAUUCCAAAUAAUCUUCUACGAUAUAUUUUUGUGAAUAAAGUUUAGUUUUUAUUAAUAACCGUUUCAUCUGUUGGUGUAGUAUUUUUCACAAUCUAAGAAAUUACCUUUACUACCGAAACCUAUUAAAAUUCGAUAAGACCCAAAAGUUGUAAAUUAUUGGGAGAAUAUUGUGCAGAGUCGCACUAUUGUGUUAUAAUACCUGGCUUUUUACUUUAUAGUUUAUAUUUAAAUUUCAUAAUAAUAGAGGGUAAAUUUGAGUUACAUUGUUGUAUAAUUGGAUUUACCGUUCGCGGUUGACGUUUGACGUUCGUAGCUAAUUCUACAUCCUAUUGAUAAACUUUACAUUGCUGCCAUUGAAAAUUUUGUUAUUCUUUUUGUUUUCGUGAUAUUUUUGUGUUUUUGUUUGUAAUCCUAUAUUUUUGGACGAUAUUACGGAAAAUAGCGAAGUUUUUUAUUGGCACGUACAUUAGAUUUUAAUUUACGCCAUAUCGUCUCGAUCGGAUUAAAAAUUCAAUACCUGCUACGAAAUCUGAAGCUCGGCGCUUGAGAACAGCAUAAAUAUGAUAAACACAAACUCAACUCUGAUUUUAACCUGAGCGGUCUUCACGGGCGUUGCAGACCUACCUCUCACAAUUCAUUGAGUUAUAUCCGAUUACCUUGGUUUCUCCCAUUUAUAUUUAGACUGGCGCAGAAACCCUUAAACAGAAUUAUUAAAGUUAAAAUUAGUAAGUGCCCCAAACUUACUUUGCUUCGGAUUUUGACUACGUGGUGAACGGCUGCUGGUUCUGCGAGAACUGCCUUCGCUUCGUUAGAGAGUCUUAUAUUUCACUUUUUCUACUAUUGGAACCUGAUAUCUUAUUCUUUUGGCGUCUAUGGUAGGAUACAAUCCAUCACAAUACAGCUAUUCGUUGAUAUAUUCGGCAAUUAUUUAUUUUGAAACCAAUCUCCGAAAACUAUCAUUUACAUGAUUGUAUCAUGUAACAUUUUUUUGAACCAUCAACCCAUAUUAUACCAGGUGUACUAUGGGAGUCGUACCAAGUCUCAUAUAUGUAGAUUUUAUUUCGGUUUCUCAAUCUAUAAGUAUUUAUUGUUUCGAGAUAUUCUAUUAUAAGUUUGUGCAAGUGCUGCGACUCAAUUAUAACUUGCUUUUCGUUUAUUAUUUUGCAUAAAAACCCCAAACGACGUACAGUAUGCCGCAAAGUUGUAGUGGAACAAUUAAUCUCACCAUCAGGUUUCUGGAACAGUCUGCAAGUGAUAAUCACGUUGGCACUUUUUGUUCUGCAUGCAUUCCAUGAGGAUUAAAAGAAAUCAAUUCACUUUGGUGCUCUAUUGUCUUUUCAUGUUUUUUAAGGAGAUAUUUACUAACAAUUUUUCAAUUUAGUUCCAGGAAUUCUCAUUAAUGAAAAGUAUAUUUCGUGGCUUCACUUUACUAACUUUAAGUAAAUACUUUUAACUAUCAUUUUUGCCUGAACGGGUGAAUAUUUGCUCUGUUUGAUCUACAUUGUAAGAGAUACUAUCGAAAUAUAUGAUACACACUGUUUCUUGGUUCGAAAUGAACUUAUACAGUCGUUGGCACCAUACAUAAUCCGACCCUGUUAAAGUCAUGUUUAAAUAUAAGGGUAUUCUAUUCUAUUGCAUUUCAUGUAUUAACUGGAGACUUUUUUAGAUCGUGAAAAAUUCUAUAAUUUGAAUUAACUUCAAUUUGUUGUGAUUUAUGAAAGUCAAGAUAUUCUAUUUAAAAAAAAGUUAUAACAAAUACAGAAUCGUAUUUCGUUAUUUAAAUCAUAUCUAAAAGACUUUUCAAUGCAAAUUCAAUUUGCAAAUUGUAAAAUUGGAAUUAAUUAUUGUUUAAUAAUAGUGUCUUUUUGAUUUGUAAAAAAAUUGUGUUUGUGUUUAUGUAUGCCAGCAGAUAAAACUUAAAUCAUU